AUGACCGUCUGGGGUGAACUGCCGACCGUGAAAGCCGAGCAGAUCCUCCAUGAGCAUGGAAGCAGCAGCGAUGGCUUUAACAAUUAUGACAAUAUCGCGCAUGGAGAAGCCGAAGAUAAAUUGACCUGUGUCCAUGAAUACUAUCGCCCCGGCCGCGCUGGCAUCGUCUCCGUGCGCAACGAGAUCGACCAUUGGGGAACGUUGCCCGAGCUGCCGCAGAAGCUGUCCGGUUUGAAAGAUCUUGUCUGGGCUUCCAGGGCGCUUCUCCCCCCAUGGCUGCUCCAGGAACUGCAGGCAAAUCCCGCCUGCAGACUGCACAACCUCCUCUUCAGACUCCCCAGCCUGCAGAUCAAGGGUGAUCUCGGCGAUGUGCCGGGCAUCGAUCCGCACGAGUUCGCGCUGGCCACUUGGCCGAACCUGACCAGAAUCAUGAUGAGUGACUCGGGGAGCCAUGUCCCGGGACAGGUCGAUUGGAAUAAAGACGCGAUAUUGUUCAGAAUCUUGAAACCGACCCCGAGCCUCAAACAUGUUCACAUCGCCAGACAAUAUCUCCAGUUCCGACCAGUGACACGCCAGAUGCGACAGCUGGCGCGAAGCUCACGGCGAUGGCCCGGGGUCUCCAUCUAUAAUGGCCGGCAAGCUCUACAGCACCAGGAGCUUACUUUCCAAGGCCCUCGUCCCCAUUUACGCACCCUGAGCUUUAGACCAGCCAAUUAUUGGUUCGAUGCUUGCACGUGGCUUGGGCGUAUCCUCUGCUCCAAGCUGGAGACCCUGCACCUGUGGGAAGUAUCGCACGACGUCCUCUCAGUCGCAGCACGAUGCGAGUUUUCCUCCCUCACGGCUGUAGCCUUGGAUCCUCACGAGGACUACAUGGAAGAUACGGAAGGCGUGUGGGACCAGACAGUAGCUACACUGAUUGCAAGCAUCAAUGGCAAGCUUACGAGCAUCCAUCUCUCGACCGGGGUCGUCGGCAACGUCGAGACAAAGAGAUCUCUCCAGGCUGUCCUAGACACUCACGGCCAAACGCUCGAAAAGCUCUCGCUUGUCGGGGGUAUUUACAUUGACCCGCGAGCACCACCCACCACCGUCGCCCAAAUCGAGCAGAUCAGCACAGCGUGCCCUCGCCUGCGCGAGCUGCGGCUUCCAGUCCGACGGCAGAGAGGUUCAAUCCAGGAAGCCGCGAUGUACAAGGCACUUGGGACAUACCUGCCGCGUCUCGAAACGCUCUGGCUGCGACUCGACUCCAUCACCGAAGCAGAAAAUAAAAUAGACGAGCAGGCCACACAAGACCUCCUAGCCGACAUCGCCGUGGACGAGACCCUCGCCCGCAGCAUCAUGGCCACAGUCCUCGACGCUGCACAGCCACGCUCUGCAUUGCGCCUCCUCCAAAUCGAGCACGGCCGAAACGCAGGGGUCCCGCAAGGCCUCAGCGAGAUCCUCGACCGAAUGGAGUUCCGCUGGAAAUGCUUUCGGUUUUUUGACCAUGGUGUGGAGAGGGUCAUCGUGCAGAGGGUCAAGGCCAGGAACAGGGGAUACGGCUUCAAGAAGGGCUUUGUGGAGCUGGGGAGCUACAAGGGCGUUUUUUAG